AUGGAACGCAUGGAUCAAGAUACCAUUGAAAUGUUAAAGAAUCGCCGUGUAAUCGCAGUCAACCAAGACGACCUCGGGAAAAGUAUCACUUUAAGGCGCCGAUACCCCAACCAUAUAGAUAUAUGGACUGGGCCCAUGAAAGACGGUAGCACUGUUGCAAUUAUUGUCAACUGGUCAGGCGAAGAUAUAAAAGAUAUACCUCUUGAUGACAUGGGCUUUUCAUCCGCACGGCUCCAAGAUGUUUGGAGUGGGAUUGAUAUAGGACACAAGGAAAAAGUCUACCAAAGCGUCAUUCCAACCCACGGAAGCUUGUUCCUAAAGCUGACUGAAACCAAACCAUCUCCUCCAAAGGCUUGGACUCGCUUCACAAUCGAUACCGCCGAAGUCGUUGCUCCCGCAAAGGUGGCAAUGUUGGGUACUGUGAAAGUCGCAACUCUCAUAGCGCCUGAGGGACAAGGUUCGGUGGUCUGGAAUGAUGUGCCUGGAGGUGGAACAACAGAUGUCGUAAUCAGCUUAGACUACAUAAACGCUGGAGCUUCAGAGAGCUAUGAGGACCAUGGAAACUUGAACUUUAGACGGGCCGUGAUUGUUGUGAAUGACGACCCUAACCUGCAUUUUCCGAUACAUUUUCCUGUAACUGGUGUGGUGAGCGCAUCUUUUUAG